GUCGUUCAGAAUCGAGGUUCAAACUCGAACUUCAAGGAGCGCUUGCGGGAGCUUGCGAACAUAGGCCGCAGAAGAGGCGUCUUCAGAUUGCCUGUGCGGCACGGCAUUGCAUAUAUCUGAGGGAGUCCCAGAUCGAGGAGUGGGCGUGCAAAAGGAGAUUCCGAAAAAGACACCCGCGCCAGAAAGACAAACAUAAUCUCGAGACUAGGUUAAGUUUCAGCAAUGUCAGACAUGGAGGAAAAGAGAACAAUCCUGAAGCCUUCCAGGGUUGAGCUUUCUGCAGAGCUUCCAGAGGAAGCGAGUGAUCAGUCGAAGUCAGAACAUGCUAGCUGCAGCUUGGUAUAUACAAUUCCAUUUGCCAAGCAAUACGCUGUCGGACAAGUUGAGCACUACACACUAAUUCGUGGGCCGCAUGUUGCACUAGUUGGAGGGCUUGAUUCAACGAAUCUUGGAACUUUGAACGUCAGUUGUGACCGGGCGAGUACUUAUUCAUCCCGACCUAGCAGUACUAUUUGCAUUGUCUUCAGGAGCACAACUGUGGCUGGAGGACAAGAAACAGUUCUUGCUAAGGGCUGUCAAGUCGCAUCGGUGAUUCUGAAGACAGUGCAAGCAAAUAGCCAGGCUGUUGUGGUUUCGCCGCAGGCAUCGUCUGCUUUUGCCUGGAGCCUAGCUUUUGACUACUGGCCGUACACCAACCUAAGUAUCUCGGUCGUAGUGAACUCUGUCGCUACCAAGUACUUUUUCGCGUCUCCUGUGAAAGACAUGGUCCUUAGGAAGUCUCUGCUCGAGAAUGCUUUCCACACAGGGGAUCUGAAACUAAUCUGCAAGGAUGGUUCGAAGGUCCCUGCUCACUCUGCUGUCCUUGUGAGCAUCCCCUAUUUUGCAACAAAGUUCAAAGAGGAUUGGUCAGGGACUACUUGGAACUUGAACAAGAAACUGGACUUGGAGCUGCCCUGCCCGGUAGAUGCAACUGUCAUCCAAGCAUUUCUGCGGUAUAUCUAUGGAGAUGUCUGGUCGCUGGGAGAGCUCGACCCGUCGGACGCGUCAAUGAUGCAGGACCUGUUCUCCUUGGCUGAGGCUUGCGGUGUUCCUGAUCUCUGCUCGGCCAUCGAUGAUAUUGUUAUUGUCUCCAACGGACAAAUCAGCAGCGUCGUCCUGGCUUGAGCUGCUGAAAAAGGAACACGCUUCAGUCAUCCCGAAAAUUCGUGAAAAGGUAAGGAAAAUCGUGAGGGAUAGGUUCACUGGACCCGAGCUAUGGGAGAGCUUAACAGUGGAGCAGCUUGCACUAUUCGAAGAAGUCGCAAAGACGAACAUGAGUUGGGAGGAUUCACAACCAAAGAGCUCGAUGGAUCUUACCAAUGUCGAGCUGACCCCGUAAUUUUGAUAAUCUAGGAAGCGAGAGCUCAAGAGAGUGAUGAAACAAACCUGCCUACAAACAAGAUUUGGUGGUAGGCUCUGGAGAAGCCUGUUUGCGAAGCACCCAGUCUCGCUGGGACAAUUGGUCUCACACGCUUGGUAUAGUGAAUCUGCAUAACGUAUCAUGUGCAGCCACAUUUCGAAAAACUGUGGAGAUGGAUAUUCCUCGAUGCAAACACAAG